AUGCGGGGGGCUCCAAGUGACGUUACAGGAGGGGAAUUAGAUUUUUCGGAAAGUGAGAGAGUGUAUGGCAGAGAACUCGGAUACGGACGUAUAGAACGACCACUGGAGACAGAACGAAGGCAGGGUGGAAACGUGGAGAGUGUUGGUACUGUAAACUUAGAAAGAUUUCGUAGAGACGGUCUGAGUAGUCGACAGAGUGCUAGCAUGGGAUACAGGGACAGGAGGAGAGUAGAUUCCUACGGGGCUGGAAGGAUCAUGACUGUUCCGGAGCGAAGGGUUGUAAACCACACUUCACAUGACAGAGUCGUUAAUCGGAAUCCGGAUAAACGUAUUGUGGAAAGCAGAAAUAUUGUUCGUAGUUCGGACAGACGGCAUGUGAUCGCGUCUCCAGAACGACGUCGCGUGUCACCUUCCCCGGAAAGACGGCGCGUCUCCCCGUCUCCCGAGCGGUAUUACGUCCGGGAGACGGUUGAGACGAAGCCGAAGGUUGAAACGGUAGACAAAGAGGUGGAGACAUGUUGUUGUGGCUGUGUGGAAAUCGUGGACAGCAUUUACUGUUGUACUGGUGUCAAAAUGCUCCGUUGUACGUGUCUUGAUUCUGCGGAAGAAGAGGAAGAGGCACAGAAGGAGACUGUUAAACAAACGGAACAGCCUAAGAAAAAAGAUGACGCAUUAUUACGGGUCUUCACGAAAUCUGCCACAGCACUGUACAAAGUCAACUCUGUUCCGAAAGGGAAAUCGAUGAUGGUGCGCGUGGGAGGAGGCUGGAUGAAGGUGGAACACCAUCGUAACCAUCACAUCCCCCUUAAGGUCUAUGAGCACAAUCGUGACGCAAACCGGGACAAGUUUCUCUUCAUCAAAUCGCGCUUCGCAACGAAACAGAAAUACGUACCUAUCGCAUAUCGGAAGUACAGAGAGGAGAUUGUCCGAGACCCUUGGGACCCGUCGGUUAAAUUAACAUAG